CCGGUGGGAUAGUCCGAUUGCCACGUGGUUUCAUUACCGGGACUCCGCGCAAAUAUUUCCAAGGAUCAUUGUUGGAAAAACCAGAGUUUUGGACGCUGCAGUGCAUAUAGGUUUGGGGAAACAUCGUGAACCUUGACCAUCGUUCAGGAUCAAGCCCACCAUGUCGUUGAGAUCGAGUUUGAAAGCUGGAUCGCGCACCAUCGCAAGCACCGUCACGCAGGCCUCCUGGGGCUCCCGAUCCCUAGCGACCGCGGAAUCAUCCACCUCGUCUCGGCGGCGACUCACCCCGGACGAUGGCUUGACUUUUGAGGAUUUCGUUACCAAUGCACCCAUCCCAACUGUGAAACUCGGCAACACGUCUCAACCCCGGUUGCCAUCUUUCCUCAAACACCCGAUCCCUUCCGGCAAGUCUUAUACCUCGAUCAAGAAGGAUUUACGGGGCCUCAAUCUUCACACUGUCUGCGAAGAAGCGAAAUGCCCCAAUAUCGGAGAUUGCUGGGGCGGCGGCAAAGGAGCUGCAACAGCGACCAUCAUGCUCAUGGGCGACCACUGCACCCGGGCGUGUCGAUUUUGCUCAGUGAAGACUUCCAAGGCUCCGCCGCCAUUGGACAUCCAUGAGCCGGAGAAUACUGCGGAAGCAAUCAGUCGCUGGGGUCUUGGCUACAUAGUGUUGACAAGCGUUGAUAGAGACGAUCUGCUGGAUGGUGGUGCAGCGCAUUUUGCCUCGACCAUCAUGAAAAUCAAGCAGAAGGCGCCUUCCAUCCUUGUCGAGGCCUUGACGCCAGAUUUUGCCAACAAAGGGGUCGAAGCCAUCCGACAAGUCGCUACCUCUGGACUGGAUGUCUUCGCCCACAACGUGGAGACAGUGGAGCGCUGCACACCGUUUGUCCGUGAUCGACGCGCAGGCUUCGAGCAGAGCUUGGCUGUGCUCAAGGAGGCAAAGCGCGCUGCCGAUGAAGCUGGAAAAGAUCUGUUGACAAAGACUAGCAUUAUGCUGGGAGUUGGUGAGGAGGGGCACGAGAUCGAGGAGACUCUCAAAAGGCUCAGAGAAAACGAUGUCGAUGUCGUCACAUUCGGGCAGUACAUGCGUCCUACAAAAGGUCACAUGAAGGUACAUCGCUAUGUCCUACCGGCGGAGUUCGAUCACUGGAAGGAGGUGGCGGAGGGCAUGGGAUUCCUCUACGUUGCAAGUGGGCCCUUGGUCAGGUCGAGCUACAAGGCUGGAGAAUUCUUCAUUGAGAAUGUGUUGAAGAAGAGACGGGCAGAGUCUGCGCAGAGAGCAGCAGCGAAUAUGGCGACUGUCGAAGCGCAGCAAACAGUCGAUGCUUGAUGCAUUG